CAUGGUAUACGGUAACCAAGCACAAUGUGAAGAUGCAAUAAACUUUGUUAAAAAUGCUUUUCCCAAUUUUUAUGCUUAUCUGGAACGAAACUGGUUAUCAAUUGGGGAGAUGUUUUUUGGGUAUCAACGAAAUGGAGUAAUGCACCUUAACAACCACACAAAUAACAGAUUAGAAAGAUAUCACCGAUCGUUAAAAGCUGUUACUGCUACUUCUAGAAUAAGCCCAGGAAUUCUGAUAGAAAAGUUGAUUUCUUUGGAUAGAGUAAUAUACUCAAAAAUAAUGCACUCUGAUUUUGAUCAGCGUCUCAAAACUAGAAAAGAUGUUCCGGAUGCUCUAAAAGAGUAUUCUGAUAAAGUGUCAUCUUUUUGUUUGAAUUUAAUUGUUGAACAAUAUUUUCUAAUGAAAAAAAAUGAAUAUGAUGUAAAAGAGGAUUUGGAAAAUAGGUUUCUUGUCAAAAACACCCAUAGCGAGUAUAAUGUUUUUAAAAAUGCUUGUAAUUGCGGGUUUUCAACUGGAUUUGGACUUCUGUGUCGACAUAUCAUGUGUGUGCUGCAGUUUUUGCAAAAAUCUAUAUUUGACUUGGAACUUGUAAAUAAAAGGUUACUAAUUCACAAAUGGCAUACACCUAAAACCAAAUCUUGUCAUAUCCCAUCAAAAAAUAUGUCAUCUGUUUCUUUUGCACCUAUUAAGGAAAGAGUACUAACUCACACUCAGCGAUACCAAACAGUAAUGUCAUAUUUACAACCAAUAGCUUCAAUUCUUGCAGAUCUUCCUCCUUCAAGUUUUGUUAGUGCAUUGGAAUGGGUAAAAACGUUGGAAAAUCACAGUCGUACCACUCAAUGGAUGUCAAGUAACCCAAAUAUCCAAAGUAAUGACUCAACAGAUUUAAAUAUAAGGAACUCUUCCGAAAUUGUAAUUCAAGAUGAUGUAUUGGGACUUGAUGAUAUAGAAGAACGAUUUGACUUUUCAAUUCAUCAGAAAGAGUCAGAGCAGUGCAAAGAAGAACCAAAUGAGCAUGAAAUUCAAGGAAAAGAAAUUGACCAAAUCAAAAAUGACAAAAUUCCAACAAAGUUAUUUAGCCAGCUAACUCUUUUAUUAAAACCUAUUGUCAGAAAAUCUUCAGGCAGACCAUUAAACUUUAAGCAGCGGCUCUUUUACCAUGCACCUAAAAAGUAUGAAAAGUUGCGCCCAAUAGAUAGACAAAUUUUAACUUUGCGAUGGUUAGUGUCCGAUGACGAUGCUAAUAAAGCCAUAAAUUUGUGUUCAAAAUUGUCAACUACAUCAUUGAAAUCAGUUGUUGAUAUGCGAGCUGCUGAUCCUAGAGUCGAUAUUCAUCACUUUAAACAAUUUUUUGAUGAUUCGGCAUGGAUGGCAUUGGAAAACCAAAUCAAAAAUUUAAACAACGUCAGACGAUGUUGUGCUCUUUGCCAUCAGGAAGAUGAUCUAGCAACAACUAUUGUUGGUAAAAAAAAAAAAAAAAAUUGUUGGCUUCAAUGCGAUAGAUGUUUAUCGUGGAACCACUUUGGUUGCUUAGGUCUUGAGCGAAAACCAAUAAGUAGUUGGUUUUGUGGGGAAUGCCGUUACUAAAUGUUGAUAAUUUUUAAAUUAUUAUUUUAGGCUGAUCUUAUUAUUAUUUUGUUUAAGUAUGUUAUAUUAAACUUAGUGUUUUU